AUGGCGGCCUCCAGAGAAAGAUGUCGUCCCGUGUUACGAAUUUUGAGAUAAUGGAACUAUGGCUAGCAAAACAAAGAACAAAGGAUUACACAAAGAUGGCAGUCGCUCAAAAGAAGGCUUAUCUUCUAAAAAGGACGGAUGUAGGGAAGAUGGCAGCAGUCCAGUCAGCAUGAACGGAGAUCUGGAAGAUGACCAGCAACUCUGGAUCCACGCUCCAGACGACCCCUCCAACAUGGAGAAGGAUCGGAAACGUCUCAGCCACAAUGUCCUGGAGAGACGUCGCAAAGACAAGAUCAAGCGCUGGGUGGUGGCAAUCAAAGACCUUCUGCCUAAGUUCAGCCUGGGCAUGGAGAAGUUGAGUCAUGGGGACAUCAUGGAGAAGGCAUGCACAUACAUCAAGGAGUUGCAGGACAAGAAUGACAAGUUGCUGCAGGACUGUGGCGGAGAAGUGCAAGCGGAAGAGAUUGAGAAGCUGAAGAAGGAGCUGACUGAGGUACAUGCUGAGAGAGACAGACUGAUCGAGAUCAUCCGAAAUGCAGGUCUGUCAGCAAUGCAGGACCCGUCCUACCAGUGGAAGUCCCGCAACCAGAGCAAGCCAGACAGCACGGCCACAUCCAUGGACUGUGAACCCAGCUGCUCAUCCGUGCCCAGCGACACCUUCGUCCCCGACAUCAGCUCCUCCUCCUCCCAGAAAGAUGACGAGUCCAAGUUGGCUAAGUGCAAGAGGAAGAAUACAGUGAGCUUCCAACUAGAGCAGACCAAGCUUCAGCAGCAACAGUUUCAGGAGGCAGCGGCAGCGCAGGCCAUGGCAGGAGCGAUGUUUGGACCUGGCUUCAUGGGCAAUGGAGGAAUGCCUCUGAUGAACCAGAUGUUCCCUGGGCUUGGGCAGCAGGUGCUUGCCAACCAGAACCUGCUGAUGAACUCUGGAUUUGCUAAUCCAGGAACUGUUGUGAUGAACGGGAAUGGACAAAUGAUUCUACCCAUGUCCUCUGCAGGAACUGGAUCUGGUGUUGGCAGCGGUGGAGUUCAGCCGCCUGGGAUGAUAUUUCAAGGAGACAGAAACAUGGCUGCUAAUGGGUUGGGCUUGUUGCAACUUGCCAUGCAGGAUGCCGGAAUUGGACCAGCCCAGUCGGAUAAUUCUCGUCAGCCCAGCCCUGUUGGUUCCACGUCAUCUGAUGUCCUCCACCAAUCAAAACCUGUGUCGGCGAGUUCAUCCGGUAGUGACACACCAAAUUCAGUGUCAGGUUCGACAGAUGAUAUAAAUUCCGCUUCAGCCUUACAGACAUUGGCCUCCGUGGCCUCGAAUACUCAGAGCGCCGCAGUGUGCUCUGUGAUGUCGGGGAUGCCCCAGGUUCCAGCCUCGGUGGUCAGUCAGACCUCGGUGGGCGUCACAAACACGUCUGCGGUGAACUCUGUGAUGUCCAUGGGUCAGCAGGCCAACUAUUCACAGUUGAUGCAGCAAGGGAACAUGGUUGUAAAUAUGCCCCUCAUGAACCCUGGUCAACCUAGUGCUCCAGGCAUGUUUCAGAAUGGUGCUUUAGGGGGAUAUGGAAUGGGGAACUUUGUGAUAAACCAGAACGGUCAGAUGAUAGUGAUAAAUGAACAAGGCAUGCCGGUGAUGCCAGGCAUGCAGCCCAGUGACCAACAGCAGCCACAGCCAACACCACAGCAUUUGUUGCAGCAACACCAGCAGCAGCAACAACAGCAGCAGCAGCCGCAGCAACAGCCUGCUCCAACAAGCAAACCUGCUCCCGAGAAGUCGAAAAGUUCCAAGAAAUCAAAACCAAGCACCUCCAUGUCAAACAGUGCCUCAGUAAUAUUACCAAGUGCUCAAGAACAAACCGAUACUGGUGCUAUGAACAUUGCCAUAGUGUCCAGUAAAUCGGAGCCGAUUGUCAAUAGUGCUAAUACAAUAACAGUGACUGCCUCCCAAACCCAGCCGUCGGUCAUGCCCCCUAACCUGUCCCAACAGCAGAAUCCCAUGACAAUGUUUGCCCAACAGAACCCCAUGUUACAACCCCAAGGCCUCCAGCCCAUGGCCCUUCAAGGUCAACCCCAGGUGUCCCUGCCUUCCGGCCAGAACGUCUACCAACAACAACUGAACAGUCAGUUGGCCAUGAACCAGCAAGUCAUCCAGAAUCCAGGUCUGGCUAUGCCGGUCAGCCAGAAUGGGAACCUGUUGACUUUGAACACCAUGCCAAGUCAGCCGAAUCAGCUCCCAACAGCUCUCAUCCUCCCUAACGGUCAAAUAAUCCCUGUUGUGACCAAUGCCCAGACUGUCAAUCCACAGGCUCAGUCGGUGAAUGGGAACGUGCAGGUGCUGUCCAAUACAGGUGCCCCUUCUUUUCAGUACCCUCAGAUGCAGCCGAGGCCCGGAGUGCCCAAUACACUGUUGGGGAUUGACCCUAACAACCCUGCCGCUGGGGCUCCAAUGAUAAUCGGGCCUAAUGGACAAAUUCAACAGACUCCUCAGCAACAGCUUCAGCAACAGCAGCAGCAGCAGCUGCUGCAGCAGCAAAUUCAGUUACAGCUCCAGCAGCAACAACAGAACAUGGGCUUGCUUCUUACCACCACUGCAUCGUCUCAAGUCGCUCAGAAUCCAGUCUACAACUGUGCCACUUUAAGCACAAGUGUCGUUCCAACGUCUUCAACCCAGAGUGUAAUGAGCACACAAGUGCAAGCCUCGGGCACAGCGUCUAAUGUUGUACAGACUGCUAACUCCAUGUCAAACCCUCAAGAAGUUGUGUCCAACACGUGCAGUGUGAUGAGCGGGCAGGAGUUUGAUCCCGGGAGUAAAGGUGGUAGUGAUACAGUGAAGUCUCUGACCCCAUCGGUGCCGCCCAUUGCUCAUACAGGCGUCCCUACUGCUGCUACUAAUGCCACUCCACAGGGCCUUGUUCUGAACCAGACACAAACCGGGCCUCAAGCUCCAGUGCUACUGUCAGUGCCUAUGAACGGCCAGCAAAUGAACGUCUUAAUAGAUCCUGUCACAAUGCAAGUGCUUGCAACGGUCGCGCCAAACCAAAAUCAGGCUCCUGCUGCUGCAACAACAGCUCCCCUAACCAACACCACUGCUUCAACACCUCCAUCUUCAGCGGGGAAGAAAUCUGGGAAAAAGAACCAGAGAGCAAUUUUCCCCAAACCAUCCAGCACCUCGAGCAAAGUCACUUCAACGGCCUUACCAACAGAAACUGCCGCUCCACCCCCGUUGACAUCAGCAUCACCACUACCAAGCACCCCCGCGUCCCUCCCCGAAGGUGCCCUGUCCCAGCCAACAAUGGCAGUGACAAGUACAACCUUCUCCGAAUCAAAGGCUAACUUCUCCAGCACAAGCACAGAGGCAUCAACGACGUCCGUCAGUGCUGCAGAGGCUGCUGCUGCUGCCGCCACGGACAUCCUAGCCAAGGCUGCAGAAUCCAUCUUUUCCCCCUCCCCAUCCGAGAUCUCUCCUGGUCCAAGUUUUUAUAAUCCCGCCAAUGAGGACAAUCCGCUCCACAUUGACACCAGUGUGGGGGAUGGUGAUGAGGACAGUAGUACCGUGUCCCCUGUGAAAGCCACUCAUGACCCACAAAGCACCCCCAGCAAGGACACUGAGAUGGCCCCGCCCCAGGUUGUGCUCCCCGUGCAGAAGCCUCCGGAGGUGCCUCCCGUGCUGCCUCCCGUGCUGCCUCCUGUGCUGCCUCCCGUGCUGCCACCAGUGCAGACAACACCAGUGCAACCACCAGUGCAACCACCAAUGCAACCACCAGUGCAACCCUCCGUGCAACCCUCCGUGUUGACCCCACCAACCCCCCCAGCCCCAGAACAGGCCACCUCGACUCCAACCAAAAAAUCCAAGUCAAAAUCCAAAUCCAAAAGCAAGAACACCACCACCCCAGAAACAGGAAAACCGGAAUCCAAAAAGUCGUCCAGUAAAAAAAAGAAACAAGCAUCAGCCCAACCCCUACCCCCAGCGCCACCGCCACCGCCACCGCCACCACCCCCAGUUAACACGGAACCCGAACCAAAGGUUGUGAAUAUGCCAGAGACUAUUGAAUUCAGUGUUAGCCAGAUUUCCGAUGUGCUGGACCAGGUUGAAAGCUUUGGUGCUCCUGUGGAACCAGUGAAGAAGAAGAGUAGGAAGGGCAAGGCUGAUGCUGAUGGUGGUGAGCCUGCUAAUAAGAAACGGAAAAGGAACUCGGCAAAGGAGAAGGAGAAAGUGCCAGUCCCCCAGCCUCAGAGUAACAAGGCUUUGUCAGUCUUUGACUUUGAUGAAGACAGUCCUCCUGAGGUGUCUCCUACUAGACGAAGUCUUGGUCCUCUCCAUAACCAGAACUCCCUCCCUGUGUCUGUGCCUCCCCCCUCACGUCCUGCCCCACCCCAAGCUCCACCCCAAGCCCCAACCCCAGCUCAAGCCCCGAACCCUCCCACCCCCAAGGCCCCUGUGGAGUUACCUCCCUUGACAAAGGAGGCUAAUACUGCUGCUGAGAACUUUGACUUGUUGGACACUGUUUUGUCUCAAGCUCUGCCUCUACAGACAGAGCCCAGCACGUCUCAGCCAACAGAGAGUGUCAAGUCUCCAUUCACGCACUCUGAAAGUAACAAAAACAUGGACAUAGGUGAUGCUCAAGAACCUUGUGUUCAGUCAUUUAAUGGGUCUGUUUCAUCAACCCCCUCAAAUCCGAUGACCGAUACUACAAGUAAUGUGUCCCAGACCAGCUCCAGCUCCAGACUGUCUCACACAGACAACCAAAUCUUCUCCAAACCUUCGCCUAUCACAGCUUCAAGCUCUGAUGACUCCACACAGAAGACAAGCAGUGUCUCCUCUAACCUUCCUCCGAAGUCAGACUUGAUGGAGAACGCUGUGUCCAGUUCAAUACUGUCUCCUGCAUCAGCUGGUAGUGCCCAGGGUCAGAUGUCCGACAUGGUCGUAGCUGCAAUCUCAUCCAGCGGAGUUGAUGCUCUUGCCGAGUUGACAGCUACACCCUCGGCAUCUCCUUCCCCAGGCGCCCUAAUCAUGGAGACCUCUCCAACAUACCAACCACAGAUAGAUCAACAGCUCACGCCACAACAGCCUACUCCACAGCCGCCGCCGCCGCCACCACAGCCAACUCCAUGGCAGUCCCCUCCACCCCUACAGCAAUCUCCAUCUCAGUCUCUGCAGGUGCCCCGACCUCCCUCCCAUCCGCCACAGAUGGCGGCUCCUCCUCCUCUUCAACAGCAACAGCCGAAUCCAAGCCCAAGGCCAAGUUCACAACAGCCAGCACAAAUCCAUCCACACAACCAGCCUUCCAAUCAAAGCAUGCCGAACCAGCCGAGUCAGAGAAGCAAAUCAGCAAACUUACCGCCUCAGCAACAAAUGAACUAUCCCUCAUCACAGAAAUCCAGCACGAUGCAGCAGUCACCAUCUUCAACAAGUAUGGUGUCGCCACCUGCACCACCUCGGUCUAGAGGAGGUCAGGAGAGUCAGUCGCCUUUUGCAAAUAAAGGUCACGGUCAAGGUCAAGUCUCUUCCUUCCAGCGAUCUCCUUGUCACGAAGUCCCUGGUUCAGCAGACCCACUGUUUAACUCGCCACCACAAGUGUCUUCCAUGCCCAAACUCACCCAUCCUCCUUCCAGUCAAACAAGCAAGCCUAUGAACACCACCGACAACUCUGCUAGCCAGAGGUCGCGGAAUAGUAUAUACUCUGCGGACAAUUUUGUACAGCCAAGCCGAAAUAGUGGCAGUGCCGAAACAAGGUCUCAAACAUCCUCCACAAAUGUGCCCAGCAGUGGUAAUGGGUUUGGACGCUUACCGACAGACUCAACAAAUGAGAGUUUUAACUUUACAAGCAUUGGGCUCAACUUGACGUCCAGCACUACAAGCAACAGCUUGCCUGAAGCUCUGACAAACUCCUCAAACUCAGCAACUCCGUUUUCGUUCAGUUUGACGCCCGUGACCACCACCACCACCACCACCACUACAGCCAGCAGCAGUUCAGGGCCUCUCCCAUCCCACAAUCAUCAUCAGUUCUCAUUUUACCCUCUCCAUCCACCAGUCUCACAACAGACUCCAUUGCCACCUGGUGGCACAGCUAGUGGCUCCCAAGGGGGACAACCCAACAUGUUGGCAUUAGGGGUGGACCUGCGGCUGGAUGGUUCUGGGCCCCCAGUCCGUCACCCACCCAAUAGUAACAUUCAAGGGCAAGGCUCCUUCAACUUUCACCUAAUGGACAUGAAUUCUCGGCCUUCAAAUAUCCCUCCAGAACCACCAAGGAUUAGCAUGCCAGAGAAAAAUGCUCAUUUUAGUGGUAGUGCCAAUGGACAGAAAAGACAGGCCAAUGUGCCUCCCAGUAGAACAAUCCAGGGUUCUCAAUCGCUGGAUCAUAAUAUCCCGACGUCACAGCGAUCUCCGCAUGUAAAUAACAGUGGUUCCUAUUACCCUCCCAACUUUCAGACUUGUACAGCAUCACUUCACACGCCUCCUCUUCAUCAUCAUCCUGCUCAAAGUGGAGAGUCCUCCAGGCUUGUUCAUCCUCGGGGUCCCUACGAAGCCAACUUCCCCAGUGCUUCUCAGUCGAUGGGCUCCAUGGCUUUUGUUGCCAACCGUUAUGACCCGGUACAAGGGCCCUUCAACAGACAGUGUAACCCUCCUCAGUCCUUCGAACAUUCAUCCAAUCCCAACUCUGAUUCCAGGAAAUCGGCCAAUCAGAGUGGAUCGAAGGGGAGCAAGCAGCCUCCACAACAAACCCCUCCUUUGUCCCAUCCUCAAAGUCAACCUCAAAGUGUCAUCUCCGCGGCUCCUCAAAGCCACACCCCAUCCAACUCCCACAAUUCAUCUUGUUCGUCUCAGCCUCCUCCCCAAUCAGCCCACCCAAUGUCUCAGUCAGUGGCGCAAGUGCGGCCCCAGAAAUCACGAAAACAAAGCAAGAAGGCCUCCAAACAACAGCAGCAGCAGCAACCUCAGAACUAUAACAGUGAGAUGGACACAAACCUCGCUCACUCGAUAUUCGACAGCAAUCAGGGUCUAGCAACAUAUUUUCAAAUUCCCAACCUGCCCCCCUCCCCUUCAAGGAACAUGUCAAACGAGGGGCCCUCGUUCCUCUCGGGCAAUCUUUUCGGUGCAGGCGGGCGACCAAUAUCAAAUUCGGGACCAGGGAUGCAUAAAAAUGCGGAACUUGGUCCACCGUUUAACACCCUGUUUCCUCCAAGCAGAGCGCAGAAUGGUUUGGGUUUGAACUUUCAACACACCUUCGGGAUGAACCCAGGAAAUCCAUCCAACGGCCCUCAGCUGGGGUCUCAUUCAGGGGGCGUGUCCCUCACCCCCCACAUGCCCAACUUCAGUCUAGGCAACCUGAACUUCUUGUCCGAUGUCAACUCAGGUGGGCAAAAUGACUCUUUGAACAUCUCCCCGAUUAAGUUCCCUCAUGGUAAUACCAUCCUCCCACAGGCGGGGAUGGAUCACAACUCUCUCCAACAUGCCCACCAGGGGUCGUCACUGUACCACCAGCGGGGCCAGCCUCCGCAGCCCCACGUCAUCCACAACGCCAUGAGCAUCAACAGCAUCCUCGGUCACAACCCUCACGGCUUCGACGUCAGGCCGAUGGGCCAACCAAUCAACAGCUCCGUCACACCGCCCUUCCAUGGGGCAGGCCAUCCUGGGUCGUUUUCAAUGCCUCCGCUAAAUUUCUCAAUGCAUGAACAUUAGUGUCACUGUCCUCCCUAGUGGUUGAGUGUAGGCUGGGAGAACCAGUGGAGCAGACUCUCCUUACAGAGUUAUCUCCCUUGGUAUACUCUAUGGCUUGGAUUUGGAAUCCAACACCUGUUCUGUUUUAAAAGUUUCAAAUAAAAAAAUUAACAUGAACAGUUAUAAGUUCAAAAUAUUUGUAAAAAAAAUUUUUUUUUAAUUUAAUAAAUAUUCACCGGUAUCAGAAAUUUGGGGCAUUUUUUUUUCAUUUUUUUAAAAAAAAAUUUGUACAGGCAUAAACAAAUGGGUAUGGCCUUAAAAAUAUUUCAAUCCUAAAAUUCACAAAUUUUUAACAGGUGUUUUCUGAUUCGAAAUCGCACUCCACUCAGUUUGUUUGUACUGUAGUGAAAAGUUAAUGAAAGAUGUUACAAAGUCCUAUUGACUCAAGUAAUUAUCAUCCUGCUCCCACUAUUGUAGAACAAUUUGAAGAAUGUUUCCUAAUGUAGAAUUAGGGAGGACAGUUAACCAACCAUUCACUGAGACUCUACACUUCGUGUGUCUGCUUACUUUGUGUUCCUCGUGACGGGAAAUGGCUUUUAUUUGUAUCAUGGUUUAACUGCUUUACCUUCGACCUAGUCUCUCUAACCGACGAGAUCAUACGUUUUUCCUUUGUAUGCUCACCACCAAAGGAAAUGCACAUAACUGUUGCCUUUGUUUUACAGUCCUACGACCAAAUUGCCCAGACUUUCGGACAGAUUUUAAUAUUAUGAUUUAGUUAUCCGAUUUGGGCAUUGCAUUUCAAAUCUGUACGGUCUGUUCAAGAUUGGUGCGUUUCUUUUGCUUGUGAGGAUUGGUGUCUCCAGUAGUUUGUUGUCCCUGAGAAGAAAGUUUUAUUUUGCAAAUGUUAGCUCAAGCAGCAUUUACAACCGAUUGUUCUAUAUUUCCUCUGUAAAGGUCACGAGAUCAGCCAGUCUGGGAUAGGGAACAUACUUGCAGCCUUCUGAACGCUGUCUAUUUAUAUUUUGCUCUACAAACACGGCCAAAUUGUUCCCAAUAUUACCCACAGAGGACUCUUCUAGAUGUAUAACUAUCCAUAAGAAAUUACAUAACUCAAUUAGGUUGAAACCUGUCUCUCAACUGACAGGGCAGGAAAUAUAUGGUCACAUGUCAGAUGUUUAAGCCUGAGCUGAGCUACUAAUCAUAUACCUGGUACUGGCUAUGCUGUCUAUACUAAAAGCACACCGAGAAACUAGCUUAAAUCAUACUUUCUACAUAGCUGCCCAUCAUAAUACAAAUGUAUGUAUGUAAUGUAUGUAUGUAUGUAAUGUAUGGGACCCGUGAAGAUUCCGGGGUAGAAUAGGUCUUCCGCAACCAAUGCUUGCCGUAAAAGGCGACUAUGCUUGUCG